CUCCAUUCAUAUGUCACGAAAUGUCACUUUGUAUUUUGUCAAUUUUUUCUGAACUUUCUAUCAUCACCAGUUGUAUGUAGAAUCCAGUUUUCAAACAAUAAAUUAAGCGUUAUCGAAAGUUUCAUGAUGAAAACGGGUUGAAAACAGUUAAUCGUAAUCGCUUUACCAUAAAUCACUUUAGAAAUUUGUAAAAUUAAGUGCUACUGGAACUACUACGCCCUUUGUGUUGUGAUUCAUACUGCUACAUUAUUGGUCAUUCCUGACAUUUCAAAUAUUUAGUGGGUGCACCACAUAGUAAACAAUGGAUGACGAAUUUAAUGAUAACAACUAUGUGUUUAACCAGGAUGGGGUCCAGCUCAGACAAGCACCAAGUACUUACAUCAACUUUAUUAACAUUACUGGGUCUUUGUACAUUUGUGAGUCCACACCAUAUGAAGAGGGCCAUGCAAAAAAGAGAGUUCUUAUAUGGAAGCCAAAUGAUGUGACUAUUGACUCAGAUGUCCAGGACCAAGAAUGGGCUGUGGUAAAUACCGUCCAGAAAAGGAUCAGAACUUUAAGCGGUAACUUACCUUCUGAUUAUCAUAACAGAUUAAGAAAUCUAAAAAUCCCUUUUGAUGAGAUUAAAAGUUUUAGAAUCUCCAGCAAAAACAGACAGCUUACAUUUUUUGAUGGAUCAUCUGAGCUUACUUACAGUUUCUUCUUCUUACAUGGCAACUGUGAUAUGCUUGUUGGCACUUUAAAGUCAACUCUGAAGCUUGGCCCUUCUAGGAGAGAUAAACAUUUAUUUGUGGUCUAUGAUGCCAAUAGUCCGGAGUAUCAGGAGCUUAAUAAAACUUUUGCUGCUCUAGAUCUUAAAAGUGAAAGCUCCCUCUUCACUAUGUUUAAAAACAUUAAGGAGCACCCAUAUGAGGGGAGUUUAGAAGCGUUUUCCAAAGUGACAAACUAUGUUUAUCGCUGUGUUGAUCAAGGUGACUUUGCUGAUUUACCGCCAGAUGAUUUAAAUAGGUCCUUGUCCGAAUUUGAGGAGUCCACUACACAUUCUGGAGGUGAUUAUGAGGUUAUCCAGAAACUCCCAGAAUUGCCUAAAAGAAAAGACUUUCCUAGAUGUGAGCCUCUCAAUGAAGAAGUAUGGAAGGCCUUGUUCAACUCCCAAGGGCAACUGGAGGAUGUUCAAUCUAUAAAAACAAUAAUAUUCAGAGGCGGAGUGAGUCCAAACAUCAGGCAAGAAGUGUGGAAGUUUUUACUGGAUUAUUAUCCAUGGAACAGUACAUCUGCUGAAAGAGUCAGACUGACAAAAGAAAAAAGCAAUGAGUAUUAUGUUAUGAAACUGCAGUGGAAAUCCAUGACAAAAGUACAAGAACAAAACUUCACCGAUUUUGCCCAAAGGAAGAGCCUUAUUGAAAAAGAUGUGAACAGAACAGACAGGAAUUUGGACUUUUAUGCUGGUGAUAACAACUUCAAUCUCCAAACACUUAAUGAUAUUUUAAUGACUUAUGUUAUGCGGAAUUUCGAUCUGGGUUACGUUCAAGGGAUGAGUGACCUUUUGUCACCGAUUCUUAUGUUAAUUAAAACUGAAUCAGACUCAUUUUGGUGCUUUGAGGGUUUUAUGAAUAAACUUUUAUCAAAUUUUGAUAUUGAUCAGGCCGGCAUGAAAGAACAGCUGAGCAACUUACAUUUAUUGCUUAGCUUUGUAGAUCCAACACUGGCAAACUAUCUGGAUACUCAUGAUUGUGGCAAUAUGUUUUUCUGUUUCCGUUGGUUAUUAGUAUGGUUUAAAAGAGAACUAAGCCAGGAAGAUGUUAUGAGGUUUUGGGAAGUCUUAUGGACAGGUUAUCCCUGUGAAAAUUUUCAUUUGGUUGUGGCCGUUGCUAUUUUGGAACAAGAAAGGGCAGCAUUGAUGGAAAACAAUUAUGGUUUCACUGAAAUUCUUAAGUACAUAAAUGAAUUAAGUGGCAAAUUGGAUAUGACAGUCAUUUUGAAUAAAGCUGAAGGUAUCUUUGAACAAAUGAGGGAGGCUGAGCAUUUGACUGAUAAUAUUCGGUUCAUUCUUGGUCUUCCUUUGCUUGGAAAUUCUAAUAGUAGUCAUGAGCCAAGUCCGAAGCCAAGUCCUUUUGAUUCUAGUAAUGCUUUUAGUAAUGGCAAUCCUUCUUCUUCAGAGGAACCUGUUAGGAUCAGUCCAGAUGAAGUGUCCUUUGAGAGAUCCCUCAGUUCAAAUUUUUUAUAGUUUUAAGUCUAAGUUAAUUUGUUUUUACAUGGUAAGUCAUAAUAAUAAUAAUCACUAGUACUGAGGGUGUAAAUAGGUAUAAUAUUCUAACCACUUUUUUUUUUUUUUUUUGGAUGAUUAAUUAUUAUUUUAUGGAUGGAUAAAAAGAACAAGGUAUAUUGUGUAUAUACAUUAGUAAAAUUCGUGAUAUUAUCUAGGUUACUGAUCUUGUUGUGGCUGAUAUGCAAAAUUAAAACAAAAUUUUUAAAAACCAAUUAAUAUUCCAAAGGUGGCUAUUGACAAUUAAAACUAUUCAUUUUGUUUAUGAGGUGGAACUGCACUAUCUAUAUUUUGGAGGUAUCACAUCUUAAAUAAUACUAUUGAGACUAUUUAUAGUGUGUACUAAAAUUUGUAUAGAGAAGCUGUGCCUUGCAAAAAUAUUAAUUUCCAAUAAGAUCUACAUCAGUUAGAAUUGAUUUAAAAAAAAUUUUUUUUGAUUUUUGUACAUUUAUAGCAAAACAAAAUACAGUACAAGUUGUAUGUAAAUUUAUUUAUUUUAACUAAGGUAUCUUAACUAGAUUAUCUAAAAUUAAGUACAAUAUUAUGCCUAUUUUAAAAUAAAAAAGUUUAAAAAGAGUAUAUGACAAAAGGAAUUUACAUUAUUAAUGUUAACAUUUUGGCGGCUCAAAUAUUCAUUAGACUUUUUGUUAGAAAAAAUUCAAAAGCAAUUUUCAAAAAAUGGUGGUUUGAAAUGAUUGAUAGUGAAUAUUGUUAAGUGUGAAUGUUUUAACUAGCAACUGGAACUUGAUUCUUGACCUUUGACAUUUAAUAGGUAAAUGAUUUUUUGUAUUAGCUACUUUUGGUUUUUUCCUUAAGUGUAGAUAAUUUUAGAAUUGUUUUAUUGCAUUAGCUAUUUUUGGCACCAAAGUGUUAAGUUACUAUCAUUUGAUGGUGCCAAAAAUGAUGUUGUGACUAAUAUUAAAUUUAAGAAUAAAUAAGAAAUAACUUCUAAAAUAUCUAUUGUGGUAGAAUAUUUAUAGCAUAUUUCUGUUUUUUAAUAUAAAAUGCAAAUGAUAAUAUGUGGCAGCCUACUUACACCCUUAUAAAGUCACUUAUCAUAUUUAAAUUUAUAUUAAAACACAAAUAUUGUUUAAAUAAGAUUAAACCUUUAAAUUUUGAUAUACCAAGUAUAGCUAUUAUUGAAAUAUGUUAAAUAAAUGAUUUAGGAAAACA